AUGGGCGUGUUCUACCAGCGCUUCGGAGACUACUGGUACCCGCAGAUCUUCGCCAAGCAGCCCGCCAACCCAGACAACUUGAAAAAGAUGGAGGAAGGUGUGGAAUUCUUGAACACCUUCCUGGCGGGCAGCCAGUACGCUGCCGGCGAUGAGCUGACCAUUGCCGAUCUGAGCUUGGCCGCCUCCGCUGCCACCUACGAAGUCGCUGGAUUCGACUUCUCCAAGUACCCGAAUGUGCAGGCUUGGCUCGAACGGUGCAAGAAGAACGCACCCGGCUACGACAUCAACCAGGCUGGUGCCGAUGAAUUCAAAGCAAAGUUCUUGUCCUAA